UCACUCUUCCGCUUCCGGAGCCAACAAAUUAACCCAAUAGCGUUCAUUCCAAUAAAGUUAUGUUUGAACCCUAGCUGGAAGGCGGAGCAAUCACUGUGCUGGCCGAAAAGCGUUAACCGUGAGUUCCCAGGCACAUGUAGCGCUGUGAAAGAUUAGAAGAGGCAAACACACCCGGAUGGUAAUGGUCGUCCCUGUGCUGCCACACCGGCGUAGUUUUCAAACCUUGUUCCUGGGUAUGCGAGGGGACUGCGCGGGUUGUACCCCAAAUCUUUUGUUAUGAAGCACCAAAAUGCAAGCGCUCGGCACACCGUCUCUUUCAGGUGCAGGCCCGGAAAGAACGGCUCGUCCCGGCACCGCAAUGCCCUGGCUGAGCGCUGUAAAGUAGCAGCCGCUGCCGCCGCCGAGCGCCACAAGCUGAAGGGACGCGUGAAUGGAAUCGGCGACAAGGAGAAGCCCCAGGGGCUCACAGCGGUGUUGGACGAAGAUGGUGUCUGUGUUGUGCUCCUGGAACCAGGACAGAAACUAACUUUCACUGGAAAGUGUAGUUUGACCUGCUUGCAUGGCAGUGUGCAAGUGUUUGGCCUUACUAUCAUCAAAAACCAAAAAGCCUAUGACUUGUUCUCUCCACAUACACAUAGCUGUCUGUCAAUCGAAGGACUCAAGUAUAAGAAACCACUAAAAACAAAAAAAGAAGUUCGGAUGGAAGUGCGAGCAUUGCUUAGAGGAUAUCUGUCAAUUGAGUACCGGCGUACAGUAAUGAAAAGCUUCACAUCUUCAAGUUCUGUUAUAUUGUUGGAACGCUUAGAAGAUUCUACAACAAGUUUUAUUCUCAGUCAUCCGGAUUAUGCCAAUGUGUUCUCUACAAAAGUGAAAGAAAGAAAUUCUUCCUUCACAAACAAUGCAGUUUUAUACUCUGUUGGUGUUGAAAAUCGCGAUCCUGAAAAUGGCUUUAAAAUGUCAGAAGAGUGGCAUUCAGAGGUCCAAACUUUAGUUAAUGCCUGUCUUGAAGAAGACAAUGGUUGCCCUAUCAUUCUUGUUUGUGGCUCUAAAAAUGUUGGGAAAUCAACCUUUAUUCGGUAUCUGAUGAACCAGUUGUUAAACCACAUCUCUUCUGUUGGAUACUUGGAUUGUGAUCUGGGACAAACAGAAUUUACACCUCCUGGAUGUAUAUCUUUGUUGAGCAUAACAGAGCCUGUUCUUGGUCCACCAUUUACGCACCAACAAGAAGCACAAAAAAUGGUAUACUUUGGGGAAACAUCCUGUGAGCAAGAUAUGGAACGGUUUGUGGAAUCUGUUAAAUAUGUCAUUACUUCAUAUAAAAGAGAUGAACCACUAUUAAUUAAUACCAUGGGAUGGGUUAAAGGGUUUGGAUUGCUGCUUUUGAUUGAUAUAAUACGUCUUCUAUCGCCGAGUCACAUUAUUCAGAUAAAUGCUAAAGAUAGUGACGACAUGGAACCUCUCACUCAGAAUUACGUUCAGAAUGCACCAGGAUUUCUGACAAAGGGCAAUUCCACAGCCCGAAGAAAAGCCAGGGAGUUUGACUCUUCAGAGGAUGAGCAACUGCAGGACUCUUCAGAAUACUUGUGUUUCCAUUCUCAUCCUGGACAUCAGUUAGUUGCCCUUGAGGCAGAUUUUAUUGGGGCAGGAGAAGCUGGUAACGUGCGGUGCCAUAGUGGAAUUCUGCGUGAUCUUGCAAUGUUGGGCUACCUAAGCAAGCUGCAACAUUUUCAUCCUGAAAAGGUCAUUCCAAUUAAUAGCUUAAUACCAUAUGAGGUGCCCUUUAAUGCAGUCGCAGUGCGUGUUGCACAUUCAGAUGUGGCCCCAUCUCAUAUCAUGUACUCUGUCAAUGCUAGCUGGGUUGGCCUUUGUCGAAUACUGGAUGAUAUACACAGUGAUAAUGAUGGACCAGUUAUAUUAACACAAACCCCCAUCUGUGACUGCCUUGGAUUUGGAAUAGUUCGGGGAGUCAAUAUGGAAAAAAAGGUUUACUAUGUACUUACACCAUUGUUGCCCGAAUCCUUAAGGGUGGUAAACUGUCUCCUAGUAGGGAACAUCUCCAUACCACAUGCCAUCUUCAAGAAUCAGCCUGGUGCUAAAGGAGAAAUUCCAUAUGUAACUUCGGAGUAUGAUUUUACAGUAUCUGGUGCUGGGAAAAUGAAGAGGAACAAGCAGUUAAAGAGGAGAGAACAUCAAUAGAGCCAAUUUAAGAUUUUUUUAUUUUUUUUUUUAAACUGCCUUGGACUGCCAUACUUUGCCUUAACAUAAACUGUUUAAAUUAUUCACAGUUGCUCAAAAUGAGCAAUUAAACCAUUACUAUGUAAAUAUUUAUUUCCUCCUCGUGUAGACCACUGGUUGUCACAGAAAAGGCAAGUAUUUCACAGUUAAAUUGUUGCUCAAGUAUACUAAAGACCAGAAGUAUCAAAGCUGCUGUUCUGAAGACAACAUCAUCUAGCUGCAGUUAUAGAUCACUGUUCAGCAUAAAGCUGGAUGUAAAUAUAGACAUUUAAGUAUAAAAUAUGCUAUUAUAGGUGCUUUGGUCUGGUAUUAAUAUUACAAUUAAGAUAAACAUUUACAAAGUAAUUUUACAAAAGAAACAACCCAAAAUGUCACAGUAAUAAUAGUAUGCUGUAGUUGGAGAGCUGGCAUUCGGCCUGUGCUUGCAGUGUGUUUAUUCUUCACUUAGUAUUGAACAGUUGUGCACUAGGAUGUCUUCUUUUCCCGUUAUUCUGUGCAUUAACUAGAAGUUGCCCUGCUGUUUUUAUUUUCAGUCCAGCUAUGGGACCUGUAAUCCAAAAUGCUUGGGAAUUAUCUGGAGUUUUCCAGAUAAGGGGUAUUUCUGUAAUUUGGAUCUCCAUUCCUUAAGUCUACUAAAAAAUCCUUUAAACAUUAAAUAAACCUUAUAGGAUUGUUUUGCCUCCAAUAAGGAUUAUUUAUAUCCUAGUUGGGACCAAGUACAAGGUACUGUGUUAUUACAGAGAAAAAGGAGAUCAUUUUUAAAUACCUGUACAUUUUUGGGGAAUUCUGGGAAGGAUGAGCUGGCAUACCCAUAAAAGCACUUUGCACAACUGAAAAUCAGUGUUAUCUUUAAAAUUAUAUGGGACCUUGUUUAAAAACAUGUUGGCCGAAAAUGUGAAAAUUUCUCACUGCAUUGUACAUUGAAACUCUUGAAAGUCAUUGGCUGUGCAGAAUACUUAAUUUACUGAAGCAGGCAUUCCCUUCUGUUGCUUCUGUCACACUGGCACAAUGAGGGAAGGGAAGAAGUUUUAGAAGAUGUUUUAGUAAAUUGAGCUUUUGCACCAGCAUCUCUGUCUGGGGUGCUGAGUUUAGUUCUGGUUUGAGAAUGAUCUGUAUGUUUUCCCUGUCUGUGUGGGUUUCCUUCCAUGCACCAAAAAUAUACUGACUGGUUAAUCAGCUCCUGAUAAAAUAGACCCCUUGUGUGUGUUUAAAUGUUAUAGGGAUGUGUUUGACUAUAAGUUAUGGGCUUAUUGGAAUGAUGAACAUUCUCCAUAUAGCAUUUCAUCUGAACUAUAUAGGUAACUGAUCACAAUAACAAAAAUUAAAAAUGUAUAUUACUUCCAAAAUUGCACAGAAAAGCAGCCUUUUACGUGCAUUUCAUCAUUUCAUGCAUUUUUUAUGUACUUAUAUGUAUGUUGUCCUUGAAAUAAACUUUUUUUUUUUUUUAACAAA